CAGCUCCAAAGUCUUGAAAGAAACCAAGUAUAAAAAAAUAAAAAAUAAAAAUAAAAAAGCUCUUUGAUUCAACCAGCGGAACGCAACACUUCAAGUCUUCAACCGUCUUCUUCCCCCGGUCUCGGAUUCAAUUCCAUUCGAAGAAUCACCGCCAUUGUUGCUUUCUCCGCCUUUUGAUCCUCCUGCCAAACGCUACAAUCUCGAAGAAGGCACGUCAAGGUCACAAUUCAAACUCUGCCGCCGUUCGAUCCGAAAAAGCUAGGAGGGAAAGGGUUGGUGAAGAUGUCGACAAUGGAGAGCUUGAUCGGACUAGUCAACAGAAUACAGAGAGCUUGCACUGUGUUAGGAGAUCAUGGCGGUGGAGAAAACAUGUCUCUUUGGGAGGCUCUUCCCUCUGUGGCCGUCGUCGGUGGCCAGAGUUCGGGGAAAUCAUCCGUGUUGGAAAGCGUGGUCGGCAGAGAUUUCCUGCCUCGUGGAUCUGGCAUUGUUACGCGGAGGCCGCUAGUGCUGCAACUUCAUAAAAUAGAGGAGGGACGCUCUGAUUAUGCCGAGUUUCUUCAUCAACCGAGAAAGAAGUGGACUGAUUUUGCCGCUGUGCGGAAGGAGAUCCAAGAUGAAACCGAUCGAAUAACUGGGAAGACGAAGGCAAUAUCUAACAUUCCAAUUCAAUUGAGCAUAUAUUCCCCAAAUGUUGUCAAUUUAACCCUCAUAGAUCUUCCAGGGUUGACAAAAGUUGCUGUAGAGGGUCAGCAGGAAAGCAUUGUUCAAGAUAUUGAAAAUAUGGUCCGUUCUUAUGUUGACAAGCCCAAUUGCAUCAUAUUGGCUAUUUCUCCAGCAAAUCAAGACAUUGCAACAUCAGAUGCCAUAAAACUUGCACGAGAAGUUGAUCCAACAGGUGAAAGAACGUUUGGUGUCUUGACAAAACUUGAUUUGAUGGAUAAAGGAACAAAUGCUUUGGAUGUUCUUGAAGGACGAUCAUACAGAUUGCAACAUCCAUGGGUUGGAAUUGUUAAUCGUUCUCAAGCUGAUAUCAACAAAAAUAUUGACAUGAUUAUAGCCCGUCGAAAGGAGCGUGAAUAUUUUGAAACAAGCCCGGAAUAUGGUCAUUUGUCUAGUAAAAUGGGGGCAGAAUAUCUUGCAAAGCUUUUGUCCAAGCAUCUAGAGACAGUUAUUAGGCAGCGCAUACCAAGCAUCAUUGCUUUGAUAAACAAGACAAUAGAUGAGAUUAAUGCAGAGUUGGAUCGGGUUGGAAGGCCUAUUGCAACAGACUCAGGGGCUCAACUAUACACCAUUCUUGAAUUAUGUCGUGCAUUUGAUCGUGUAUUUAAAGAGCACCUAGAUGGAGGGCGUCCUGGAGGAGAUCGAAUCUAUGGGGUGUUCGAUCAUCAACUACCUGCUGCAUUAAAGAAGUUGCCAUUUGAUCGUCAUCUCUCAACGAAGAAUGUGCAGAAAGUUGUUUCAGAAGCUGAUGGUUACCAGCCACACUUAAUAGCUCCAGAGCAGGGUUACAGAAGGCUGAUUGAUGGAUCGAUCGGCUUUUUCAAAGGCCCAGCUGAAGCCUCUGUUGAUGCUGUGCAUUUCAUUUUGAAGGAACUUGUACGGAAGUCAAUAGCCGAAACAGAGGAGUUGAAGCGCUUUCCAACACUCCAGUCUGACAUUGCUGCUGCUGCUAAUGAAUCCCUGGAAAGAUUCCGUGAUGAUAGCAGAAAAACAGUUCUGCGACUUGUGGACAUGGAGUCUAGCUACCUGACAGUGGAAUUUUUCCGUAAACUUCAAAUGGAGCCAGACAAGCCCACAAACUCAAAAGAAGCGCCAAACCCAGCUGUCCCGGCGAUUGAUCGUUACAAUGACCAUCAUUUCAGAAGGAUCGGAUCAAAUGUGAAUGCUUACAUCAACAUGGUUUGCGAUACGUUGCGCAACUCGGUUCCCAAGGCUGUGGUGUAUUGUCAGGUCCGAGAGGCCAAGAGAUCUCUUCUUAAUCACUUCUACACUCAAAUAGGAAGAAGAGAGAAGGAACAGCUUGGUGCGAUGUUGGAUGAAGACCCACAGUUGAUGGAAAGGAGGACGCAGCUAGCAAAGCGGCUCGAACUGUACAAAUCAGCACGGGACGAAAUAGAUUCAGUCGCAUGGAAAUGAGAGAAGUUGUACACAAUCUACUGAUCCACACUUGGGUUCUCUCCUGAUUGAGAUGCCCACAUUGACUGCGGUUAUUACUAACUAUUCUUUCUCGAUACUCUCGCGCACCACUCCGAUUAUUUUCCGGCCAAUUCUUGCUUGUUAGAAGAGUAGCUGGAUUGUACAACAACACACAACAGGUCAGUUAGUCAAUACGAUGUUGAUGAUGCAUUGGGAAAGGAGUUUUUGGGAUGGUCUGGUGCUGUUGCGACUGAGUGGUGAAAAUGUGUACCCUUUGUGUAGUGUGUAUGAUUUAGUGGUAAUCUACCUUGGUACUUUUUUUUGCCAUGAUAGUGUUUAGCAGUGGAGAUUGAAAGGUCUCAGGGUCCCACUUCUUUGGAAGAUUGUUGUGGGGGAGACAGAAGAUUGGGUGAAUAUGGAUUUGGUGUCUAAAUUCUAAACUCUACACAUGACAAUAGUAAUGCCACCAGCCUAUUUGAUAUUGGGGUCGUUUGGAUAGAGUAUUUGUAUGAGUUAUUUGGGUUCAAAUAACUUACAAUGAGUUAUUUGGAUGUAAAUAACUCGUUUGGCAGCGUUUUACUGAAAUGAGUUAUUUGGACAGUGAGUUAUUUACAAAUAACUCAAAACGAGUUAUUUGAAACAAUUUAUACUUAUGUGUUAUUUCGAAAUAACUCGUUUUAUCACUCCGCUUUUACCAAAUACCACAUGUCAAAUACCACAUUUGCAUGGUUCAACCAAACGAGAUACUUUAUUUCAAUUACCACUAAAAUAACACUGAAAUACCACAUGAGUAAUAAAUGAG